AUAAUAUUAAAUGGAGGAAAAUUUUAGCAGACAGAUAAGAACUCCUUUAUCACCCCAAACGAGGUUGGAUUCUAACGAAAUGACUCAGAACAACAUGCCUGAAAAUGCUGAUGGAAUUAGAAGUUUCUCUUUAAACAAUCAGCAAUUUAAUUCCUCUCAUAACCUUGAAGAAGCAAGUAUGAAUACUUUAUUGGAGCAGAAAUAAAAACAUCAAUAACAGGGUCUUUCAGGAUAUGAUGACUCAGCAUAAUAAGCUGUAUAAAGUCUGGAGAAGAUUUGACCUACUAUGUGCAAUAUUUUCUGUAUUUGCCUUCAUGCUUGCUUUGAUUGAAUAUGAAUAUGGUUUUGAUAAGAACCCUGACAAACGAGUCAAGCUUGAUUAUAUCCAAGAAAUACUCCGUUUUAUGAUCAUCGGGUUCUCACUAAUAUCUUUCGCCCUUUUAGUAACUCGUUAUUAUUACAAAAGAAAAUGGCAAAACCUGCCGAUUCCAAAGGAAGUGCAAUACCAAGUGUACAACAACGACUAUACUAAUCUGAUGCGACAAAAUAAGAGGAAGAACUUCAUGUCGCUAACUUUGGUAAUCGACUCUAUAAUCUGUUUGAUAUGCCCACUUCCCUUCGUGGAACACCUGAUUGUUAUAAAUGAAAACGUUCAUUUAUUCAACAGGCCUCUUAGCAUUAAGUACUUAUUGUCAGAUUUUAUUUUAAUGUUCAUGUUUACAAGAAUAUAUAUCCUCGUUCGGAAUAUUUUCAAUCACACAGAGUUCUCUGACCCUUAUGCAAAGCUUCAUUGUGAGAGGUAUGGAUUCACUGCCGGGACUAGGUUCUGAUUCAAGUGAUAUUUAUCUAAAUAUCCAGGAAUGACUGUGAUGGGUACCUUGACUCUUUCGGUGAUGUACCUGAGCUAUCUUAUGAGAAUCGCUGAAAGACCGGCUUGGAUAAUCUAUAGAGAAUGGCCUGAUGUAGGCCCAAUUUAUUGGAUAUACUUAGUGAUCAUCACAAUGACAACGGUUGGAUUUGGUGAUUUCUAUCCUCUGACUAUUGUUGGGAAGAUUAUCACUGUUCUGACUGCUUUGUGGGGUGGCUUCAUCAUUGGUCUGCUUAUUGUUUCAGUCACAGAAAUUUUCAGCUUGUCCCCCACUCAGAAGGUUGCGUUUGAUAAACUUGUGAAAGUGAAAAGAGCUGCCAAAUGAAUCAUCGCUGCGAUGAAAUAUCAGGUCGCUAAGAAUAAAAACUCCAGAAACAGACAAGAAGAGUCCUUAACCAGUAGUGGAAUCACCAAUAGAUUAAAUAAGAAUUCGAUAAGUUACGAAAUGGGUGAGAAGAGGACAAAGAAGUAUUUAAUGAGAAAAAUUCAGAGAUUCAGAGAUAUUAAUAAUCGAAGAUCUUCAAGAAGGAAUGGCAACAUUAACACCAAGAUUGAAAAUAUUGAAAACAGAGUUGAAAACCUUGAAGAGCUAAUGAGAAAGAGUUAUAGUCUUCUCCAUCGUAUAGCACGGCAAAAUAACUUAAACUUGUCAAGAGGGGGAUAUAAUCAUAGUAAUUAUGGCUUCAGUGAAGCAUCUCCUAGAGAACAUGGCUCUAAAGCCCAGAGAAACUUUCUGAAUCCUCAGCAUUCAAAGUCUGGAUCCUUAGAUGUUGUUGAAGAAAUUCCUGAAAAUUUGAAUCAGACUGCUCAAGAGGAAACGAAAUCACUCAAUCAGUAAAAAUUUAAGUCAAAUAGAGAUAAAUGAUGUAAAAAUUGCAAGUAAUUAUAACUAAAAUUAUCAUUCAAU